AUGACCCUACGAAAUUCUCUUCCAGAAAAGCAUUAUAUUUCACACAACAGAUCAAGAGUUGCUGAACGUGGCCAGCGGGCUUCGCUUUCGCCUUCAACCCUUCAGAACCUCAGACUUUCCUCCCGAACCCCUCCGUCACAUGCGAUCUCGUCUUCUUCGCAACAGGGGUCUCCGGUCAUGUCGUCCGUCUAUCUUUCGCACCCGACUACGGGAACGACCCAAGGCCAGCGAGAUCUAUCUCAGUUUCACAUAAUGACAGCGAAAAUCGCUACCAAUCCUUCUCAUCAGUUCGAAACUGAAUUUCGCGCGAGUCCUUCUUACGAAGGUUUUUAUAAUACAACAAUGAGUCAGCCAGCCUUGGACGAAGCGGAUCAUUUCCGUUAUGAAGUGACACCCCCUUCAACGGGUUACGAACAAGCCCUCUAUGAUAUUCAGUCUCGUUCUAGUUUAUGGGAAUAUGGAACCGACAACCUCUCUGUAUAUUCAGGAAGGAGUUACGGCGAUGGUCUACCAGAGACGAUGACACAAUGUUCUGAAGCCAUGGACCUUCGACCAUCAUCCAUAGCAAGCUCGCAUCCCUUCGAAUCCUCAGGCUUUACCCUACAGCAGCUUCAUUUCGUUCCCGAGCAAGCACACCUCACUCCGGGAACCAGCGUCUCCAGCCCUCAGCUUCAUCGGAGUUCGCAUGGACAAUUAAGGCAAAGUCCACUCUUUGCAAAUACCCCCACCUCUGAUGAAUAUCCCCGAACACCAUCCUCUAAUCCUCCAUUAUCGUCGAAUAAUGUGGAAAUUCCUCCUUCCAGCCUUGCCUCUCAAUAUUCUUCAUCAAUAUCUUCCAUCCCUAUCCUCUCGUCGGCGCAACCGUAUGAACCAUCUCCAUUUUAUACCAGUGAGUCUCUUUCUGACUCUGGUUAUUCCUUACCUCCUUCGGCAUCCACAACACCAGUCCCUACCGUAUCAGACCCAGCUACGGGGGCAAGCAUUCAGGUUCGCGUGGUUAAUUCCCGAACGAAGCCACAAUGCUGGGAUCAUGGCUGUAACGGCCGUGAGUUUUCCACUUUCAGCAACCUCUUACGGCACCAACGAGAAAAAGCUGGCCUUGCUGCAAAAUCGGAGUGUCCUUAUUGUGGUGCCGUCUUCACCCGGACAACAGCUCGAAAUGGGCAUCUUUCGCAAGGUAAAUGCAAAGUUAAGCGUCAAAUGGAUGAAAAGGAGAGAUCUUUGACUGCUUCAAGAUAAUCAUGGAGUUCUAAAUGAGGUGUUCUCUGGUGGUCUUCUCUCCCCCUUUGGUUUGCCUUUAUUUUUAUUUUUCCCCCCCUUUUUAUUCCCUCUCCGGAGUUUUGGCGUGCAAACAUUCCCUGGCGAUUUAUAUUGAAUUUCCCUUUCUACUGGGAUCCGAUGGUCUACUCCUUAAUAUGUAACCUCUCUUUUGUCAGCUUGAUUUUGGCUUUUCUUUUGUUGCAUACGAAAAGUGGUGAUAUGGCGAAAAAAACAACAACGGUCGUCCUCGACAACUCGGGGAUGGACACGGAAAUAGAACAUAAUUAUAAUUAAUACCCCUAUUAACGGGAGUAUUAUUAUCUUAAACUCUUCAAUGAAAAUGCUAAGAUCCCAUGUAGGGGAAAAAAAA